AUGGUCGCUGUUUUGUUUGUUUUCACUGCUCUCCUUGCCGUCCUUAUCGCUGCAAUCUUGCGUAUGUAUUUCAAUCAGCUUGUUCCGGAAGGACUGCCUGUCGAUCAACACCAUAAACUCCGAAUAGUGGGGUUGAUCACAAAGCUUACGGGGAUGGUGGUAAGUUUAUCAUAUUAUAAGCUUUUUAAUGUUGUCGUUUAUUCCAAAAGUAUAAUGUAACUUUCCCCUUUGAAGUUGCUAUCUCGCUCUUGUGAUUUUAUAGCUAUUUUAUUGAUAUACUGACCAACGUGCAUUCCAAUGAUUCCUUAUUUUGCACAUGCAGGUUCCGGGUUUGCGAUGUGAUGUGCGUUCUGUAUCCUUGACCAUAACUAGCCAGAACAAAAUAUGUUAUCCCCUUUCUAUUUCAGGCCUGAACCGCUGUUCUCAGGAAAUAAAUGCUAAAACACGUACCUAAUUUUCCGGACCCUGGUUCUGGAGACCAUAAAACCUACCCCAUCUAUUUUUAUUUCCAAAAAUGUUAUAAGCUUAAUGCCCAAUUUCAGAACCCUAUGGGGAGGUCAUACAUACUCGGGAGCCCCUCCCCAGUGGAUUGUGCUGCUGUUGCAGAGAUGUCAUUUUUAAAUUUGUUUGGAAACAUAUUUCAUCACUCAUCAUUCACAUCUACCAUGGAAGUUAUCAAAAUGAAGGUAUAUCUAGGGAAUAAUAUCUGAUUAUUUGGGCCCUAGAAUUAUAGGAGAAAAAAUGAUAAUCUUCAAUCUUUUUUAAAGGCGUACCUUGCAUCGUUGCUUGGCAUUGGAAGUGUUAUAAACAAUAUUCGUCAGAUCCAAAGUGCCUUAAGUCGCCUUCAGAAUGUGUCAGACGAUCCCUCACUUCAAAUCAAGGACUUCAAAAUUGCCCAUGUUCCGGUUCGUCUAUAUAAACCCAAACAAAAUAUAGUUGAUGGUACAAAACAAAAAUGUGUGGUGUUCUUUCAUGGUGGAGGUUGGAUUUUCCUUAGUAUUGGUGAGUUAAUACCAAAGCCAAAGCUGUUAAACCAAAUAAAUAAUGGAAAGGCAAAUAAAUGCUUUAAUUUAUUAAAAAUAAACCAUAUUACACAAAGGUUGUACAUAAAGAAACAUCCACUGUAUAUGAUAACCAAUAAGUUGCACUAUUUGUGUAGGGUCCUUUUGGGGGUAAAAUAAAGGCAAAGCCACAUGGAUUAAAAAAAAAAAAAAAGCAUAAGCAUUCCCAUUCCUCUUAUGAGGGAGUUCCUCCCAGGAUCAAAAGCCUUUCUGUGGCCCAGCAAUUCAUGGCAACCACAGAAACAUGAUCACGCCUUGGCUCCAUCAGGAAGCUGAUACAGUCUUGUGUCACUCUUCAUGGGCACCCAACAACCAAAUUUUUUAAAAUAGUCAGACGAAUAGAAUAGUCUCAGAAACUUUUUUUCCGUCCAGAUGUCUUGAAUAGGGGAACUUUGGUCAUCUCAAAAGUUUUAGGUGGCUCUUUUUGUCCCAUCCCAAACUGUCAGAACCCAGAUGGGUGUGGUCAAAAGUUUGAGGACAUAUUGGAGUAGCUGUCCAUUCACAAGAAGAUUCUAGGAGAUGUUAAUUUUGUCUUUAUAGCAAAAUAUUUUCAGGAGACUCUUUUUAACAAUAAAAUAUUUCAUUAAAGGGGCUGUGUCACGGCAAUUUUUAAUUUCAUUUUUUUAAUUUUGUCAAUUACUUACCCUCAAUCGCUAUGGAACUUAAAGUAAGCAAAGAAAUUACAGGUAAAUGACAAAAUCAGAGAUGAGAGACAAACAAAAAUGUCUCCUGAGCAUUAUUUUUGAAGUUGCAAGCAGCAGGGAUCACCUUUGAAAAACUGUUAGGCUGAACAGUUUUCCGUUUCAGUCUUCCUCAGAUUUGCCCAUCCGUGGCAUCUGUUGUUUCUGUUAUGUUAUUUUAACCUUCCUUUAAAGUGUUAAGCGCUUAUUUUUACGUUUCUCUUAAUUAACGGGCGUUUUGUAAUUUCCUAAUUUGGCUGAAUUUCGUGACACAGCUCCUUUAAUUAUGCAAUAUCCUGGUAAUGAAGUAUGAAAAACACAACCUCCAAAAACUGUAUGUAAGUUAGUAGAAAAACUGCAAACAUCUUGGCCUUAAAUUUCUUACCUUUACAAAUUCCUGGUUGCCCUAAUUUUGAACAUUAUUUUACAAAAAAAAGACAUGUGGAUGCCUCUGACUCUCAGUACUUUUAUUUUAACCCUUUAAAACCCUAAGAUCAAAAUUUGAAUUCUCAUUUGUUGCCCCUAUUCAUUUCCUACAGAAGUAGUGGUGAGAAGUUGAUAAAAUAUUAAGCAAAUUUAUCUUAUGUGAUCAUGUCCAUAAUUCUCAUGAGCACUCUGUUUUACAAAGCAUUGAUAUUAGAAGGAGAAAUUUGAUGCUGACCACUCUCAGGGCUUAAAAGGUUCACUGAUUUCUUACUUAUCAUGAGUCUGUUCCUUUUAGAUUCUUACCAUUCCGUCACUCAAUAUAUGGCUGCAAAUGCUGGAGUGGUAGUUGUAUCUGUUGGGUAAGAUAUUCUAGUACAUUGACUGGUACUUGAACUUGCAUAUGCAUUGCUGCUUGUUUAAACAUGCAAUAAUAAUUAUUAUGAUUUCUAUUGAACGCAGGAUAAUUUAAUCAAGAAGUCAUUCUGCAUGUGUAAACUUAAUGUUACCCACAAGCCAAUGGUAAAAUGGGCAACAAAAACAUGGAAUUUGUUUUGUAACACGAGCACUGCUACAAAACGAGUGAACCCUUUAAGUUCCAAUAGUGACCAACAGCAAUUCUCUCCUAAUAAUGUCCAUACAUUGUCAAGAGAUAAGGUUGUGAGAAUAUAAAAAAUGAUCAUGAAAGAGAAAACGCCUUGAUGUUUUAUUAAAUUCUCUCAACUAAUUCUUAAAGGAAAUGUAUGGAGAUCAGUUUGGAGAAUUUGUAUGUGGAUACUGGGGCUUAAAGGGUUAACAAACAAUAUUGCACUUUUUAUCAUGCACGCUCAAACCUGUUUUGCAACUUUAAAUCAGCUUGUUACAUUAAGUUAUGUGAAUACUGACUUCUGAUUGGAUAAGUUUUGUGGGAGUCAAGCCAUACAUGAGUUUAUUACUCGCUGCAAAAAGUUUGUCUUCAAGGUUGGUAAAAUGUGCAACAUGUACAGAUUUUUUUGUAAAAAGUAGAACUUCUCUCUACUUUCUGCAAUAACUGCCUUCUUUUGCAACUUGCAACAAGCUGAUUUGUUGCAAGAUAGGUUGAUUUGGGGAUGGUUAAACAUGCAACACUGCUUUUCAACUUGUUUUGGAACAUUGGUGCCAAACAAGUUGCAUAUACCUGCCAACUCUCACGCCUUAGGCGUGAGCCUCACGCCUGUGGGUUGAAAACUUGGAUCUCACGCCGGCUCACGCUUGCGGGCCAAUUUCUCACGCCUGAUUGAAAAAUGUGAGUUGUUGCCAUCUUGCUUGACACAAUUUUUAAAAAUAUGUUAACUCAGACCCAUGUAUUAAAGGAACGAAAACCAUGUGUAAAAUGAAUAAAUGACAAUACCUUCCUCACGAUCUCUGAUUUUGUGGAUAAGCAUUUUCUCGAUAACUUCGCCUUCGGCAGACUUCGGACGUCUUUGGAAGACUUUGGACGUCUUCGGAAGACUUCGGACUUCUUCGGGAAUCUUCGGAAAUGAUCGUGUCGUCUUCAAAAAUCGCAGCACUCCCGGGAUAAAAAUCUCACGCUAAUAUCUCAGAAAAAGUUGGCAGGUAUAAGUUGCACAUUUUUGUCACCCAUUUUACUGUAACUUUACAUAUAUACACAGGUACAGGUUGGCACCUGAGAACCCCUUUCCAGCUGGUUUUGAUGACUGUGUGGAAGUGGUGAAAAGUCUUCUUGAAACUGGAGAUGAGUAUGGUAUUGACACGAACUGUAUAGUGUUAGCAGGAAGCAGUGCAGGUGGAAAUUUGGCAGCAGCUGUAACUCAUCAUUUACACAAUGAGAACAGAAAGCUGGCUGGUCAGGUAGGUUGUCUUAAAAAAAAAUGUAGAUGUUUUAUUGCAGUUAAUGAAGUGGCCUCCCACAUAGACGUUCUAAGGGGUUCGUCUGGCAUAAGGAUCAUCCUCGGAGACCCAGGGGCAGUUAGUUAAAUGUUCGUGGUAAAAGUUUAGACCUGACUAACUGCUCCUCGGGUCUCCGAGGAUGCAUUAGGAUUACUCAUGGCGAGCCAAAAGAAUGCCUGCGGGGGUGGCUCUUGAUGGAGAACAACGCUUCCUAAUCUGGUGGUUGCCCUGUGAUUUUAUGGGGGCCUGUGCAACCAAGAAGGACAAGACAAUUUUUUCAGUCCCCUUAUCCACUUCCAGCUUAAAGUGAAAAGCACACUUUUCUACCCCAUGUUACUAACAACUAAUAAUUUUUUUUUUCAAAAAAUAAAUCAAUUGGCAGAGAACAAAAAUAAGUUGGUUAUCUGUAAGCACAUCCAAUGAUAAUGGCAACAGACCUCUUUAAUUUCUAGCGUUUGUUUUACCAAUGUAGGUCAUGUGAUGAUGAGAACUGUUUCUUUCAGAUUUGUCAUAUUUUCAGAUGCAUUAUGUAUAUGAAUAAUUUAUGAAAAAACAAAGGGGAAAAUUAAUUUCCUCUGAGACCUUCAUUGGGAAAACAAAACGUACUUUUCUUGUAAGCUUAAGAGGUCUAUAGGUUAAUUAGCAUAUAUAAGUUGUCAUUAACAAGGCAAAGUUUAAAAAGCGUCACGUUUGAAUCACAGACUCAAACAUUGAAGCUGUAAAAGUGUCUGGACCAGCAAAAAUGCUGCUCUUAAGAAUUUGCUUUAACGGUGCAGCCUGUGCUAGUGCAUUUUUAAAGUUUUUGUUUUUGAGGAGAGGAAACAACCUGGGUUCUUGGAGGAAGUAACCUCUAACAGCAAGGAAAAGAACUAACAUCAAGCUGAAGUAAGCCUUUUGUUAUUUUUCAGAUCCUUAUAUGUCCUUUACUACAGUUCAUGGAUUUGAUGCUGCCCUCUUAUCAAAAAAACAGUUCUGCUGUUCUCUCUAAAAUAGAAGUGGCAUUUGCUUGGUCAUGUUAUAUUACCGGCACAAAACGGAUGUCUCGUUCGAUUGGUGCUAACAAGCACUCAGCGCAUCUUUGCAACACAAAGUAUUCAAAAUUCAUUGGUGUUUGUGAUGGUGAUGUUGACAAAGUUCAGAAAGAACCACCAAAAGAUAUUCCUCAGGGAAUUGUUGAUGCUCUUACUGAUUACAGAACGUCACCUUUAAUAGCUGAUAACAUGACUGGCUUACCCAAAACUUUGAUAAUCACUGCUGAAUUUGAUGUUCUCAGAGAUGAUGGACUGUUGUACAAGAAACGUUUAGAAGAAGCUGGUGUACCUGUGACACAUCAUGAAUACAAGUCAUUCCACGGCUUUCUACAGUUAAGAAGUGACAAGAAGAUAUGCGCUUCAGCCAAAGAAAAUAUUAUCAAAUUUUUGAAGGAAUUGUAGAGCAGUAGUUUAUUGCUGGGUCUUAGAAACUGCAUGGUCUUUGUAGAGAGUUAGGGUAAAAUUCUGACCAGCAACAUAACCUUGAAACAGCAACAUAGGACAAACCCAAUGGGGGAAAAACGAGUUAACGACAUAUAGUUCGGUUGAAACUGUGACGAGGACAGUUUUAUUAUUGUAAAAUACUGACUGGGGCAUGGCUUCCUC